AUGUUUAAAUUCACUCAAAAGACGGCAUCGCCGUGUAAGGACGAGUCUACGGCUCUGCCAGUUGCUGGCAGCCCGAGAGAGCUAUACGCGAUUCUCAGCGGAGUGAUCCCGGGAACACCACCAAGCCGGGCGUGCCGACCAGAGACCGCCGAGUUUGCGCGCUUCACCAUACAGCAGGCACGGCCGCUCUGGAACAGGGCCGUCGCUCGUAUGGAGGCGACCCUCCCACUCGAGGGGGUUGCCAUCCUGGCAGAGACGGACCCCAUCCGACACAUGCGCCUGGUUCAGACCUUGGCCAUUCUCUUUUAUGAGAGGGAAUGUGUCGGGAAAAGCCUGGCCAGGAGUGGAUUGUCGGUCUGGCGGAUCAUGAUGACCAAAUCCUCCAGGCAGCGUCCUACGGAGCGUGCUUCCGAGAUCCUAGGGUGGCCAGCUAUACAAUCGGCGAAUUCCCUCGCAAGUCGGCUCAAGCCGACUGGUCUCAGGGAUAUCCUUGAGUAUCUUCUUUGCGUCGAUUACAGUAUCAGGCGGCCGAACAGUCUGCAUCGUCUUGGCGAAAAUGGCUCGAGGAGCUUUGCUUAUGUCGCGGCGCUUCUUUUUGAGGUUAUCGAGCUUUGCGAACAGACAAAGCCCUCGGUCGCCCAUUUGAUGGGUAUCCAAGCCGCCUGCGAUACCAUCCACAUUUGGGCACAAGCGGCUCGACUCAACGCAACAGACUUGACGAUUAUUCUGUUCCAUUUUCACCUCUGUUCCAACCUGGUCCCGCCAAAUUACAAGCGUGACGAGGAGCCAAUCGUCUCGGACGACCAUUCUCUGGCCCAGGGCUUGGUGGUUUUCAUUUCCGAUCAUGGCAAAUCCUCCCGCCAUGGGCUGACAACAUAUUCAGGCUGUCUAGGACGAUUGGUCGACGCACUCAAGUACGGUUCGGGCCACGGAUUUGUGCCCGGCGCACGUGAACGACUUCUUCGCAAGAUUUCCGUUGACUUAAAUGACAUGAUUCCGUCCAUGGUCUUCGAUGGCCAGCGACAGGAUGUCAUGGUACGAAUUGCGACAGAGCUUGCCAGGACGCACAACAUAGCGCCUCUCGCUUUAGACCAGGCUUACCCACUGGCGGUUCCAGAACCAGAUGCGGCUCCCAGUGUUCUGGAAAACUUUGGUGAUGGAAUCGCUGGGAUCGCGCUGAGAUAUCUGUCUGGUAAUUCAAAGCAGAAGAAGCCCGGUGAGGACGUCCAGAAGACUUCGUCAGUAGCCGACGAGACAAGUGGCCAGCAGGGUCGCCAGGAUGUGACUACCGUUCAAGCUGCCUACCGUGCUUGCACCGCUGCCUUUGAAAGGGUUGGACGGUGGAUAUCUGAUGAACGUAGCAAGCAAAGGCGAAAGCAACAAGAGGAGUUCACAGAUAAAUUGGACAAAGAGAAUUGUCAGCUCCGAAACCGAGAAUCAUGUGCAAGAGACAAGGGGGAGGGGGAGGAACCAAUGAAAUGGCAACUGAUUCACAAGGAGGUUGAAAUUGAGGACUCUAUUGAGAAGGAUUCAGAAAAGCUCAUGGUCAAGGAUCCGGACCAAGGGCGGGCAACCGCAUCCGCCAUCGAAGCCAGAUGCGCAAAGAAUAAACAUACUGAUGGUGAUGGAGGUAAUGACAACAACGAAGACGAAGAGGACGAAGACAGGGAAAAAAGCGAAAGUGAGGAUUUCCACUUGUAA